AUGGCGCUGGAGCGGGCGCUGCAGGCGGCGCGACAGGGCGACGUGGAGGCGCUGCGGGGGCUGCGGGCGGCCGGGCUACUGCGGCCGGGGCUGCGGGACGCCCUGGGCGCGUCCCCCGCGCACCACGCUGCCCGGGCCGGGCGCCUCGCCUGCCUCCGGUACCUGGCGGCCGAGGCCGCGCUCCGAGGGGACGCGCGGGCCCGAAACGGGGCCACGCCGGCCCACGACGCCGCCGCCACCGGCAACCUCUCCUGUCUCCAGUGGCUGCUCACGCAGGGGGGCUGCGGCGUGCAGGACACAGACAACUCUGGUGCCACCAUCCUACACCUGGCAGCCCGCUUCGGUCACCAUGAGGUGAUCGACUGGCUCCUCCGCUUUGGAGGCAGCGACCCCACGGCAGCCACCAACACGGGAGCACUGCCCGUCCACUACGCCGCGGUGAAAGGGGAUUUCCCUUCCCUGCGACUCCUCUUGGGACACUGCCCCAGUACGCUGAGUGCCCAGACCAAGACGGGGGCCACCCCGCUGUACCUCGCCUGCCAGGAAGGCCACCUGGAGAUCAUCCAGUACCUGGUGCAGGAUUGUGGGGCUGACCCCCACGCACGUGCUUACGACGGCAUGACCCCACUGCACGCUGCCGCCCAGAUGGGCCACAACACUGUCAUCGUAUGGCUGAUGAGCUUCACGACGGUGAGCCUGUCAGAGAGGGAUGCCGAGGGGGCCACGGCCAUGCACUUCGCCGCCAGCCGUGGCCAUGCCAAGGUGCUGAGCUGGCUGCUGCUGCACGGUGGGGAGAUCACUGCCGACGGCUGGGGCGGCACUCCGCUGCAUGAUGCUGCCGAGAAUGGCGAGCUGGAGUGCUGCCAGAUCUUGGUGGUGAAUGGUGCCGACCUCAGCAUCCGUGACCAGGAUGGCUACACAGCAGCCGACCUCGCCGACUACAAUGGCCACAGCCACUGCGCCCAGUACCUGCGCACCGUGGAGAACAUGAGCGUGGAGCACCGCGUGCUGUCACGAGACCCCUCGGCGGAUGGGGAAUGCCGACAGCCCGACUCGGGCAUGUCAUCCCCCAACACCACGGCGUCGGUGCCCCAGGCGCGCUUCGAGGUGGGCUCCCCUGCCAGCACCCUCUCCAACUACGACUCCUGCCACUCCAGCCAGGCGGGGGGUGCGGGUCCAGCCCCCCCUGACCCCCUGCCCUGCGCAGGGGUGCCUGAGCCGGCGCUGGCGGACAUGCAGGCGUACAUGGACAUGCUGGACCCCGAGAUGCGGCCACGGGGCCGUGGCCCCGCAGGCGAGGGUCCCCCGCCGCCACCACCCCCUGCCUUCCCCCCACCACCGCCCCCACCCCCCGCCACCCGGCCACCCCCGCCACCCCCCGGCUACCCUGCACCUGCACCCCCCGCUGCCCCCCACACAGCUGACAUCUACGUGCGGGCCAAGAACAACCUGCGGCAUGUGGAGAGCCAGGCGCUGCGCCGAGAGCUGGCAUCGCGUGACAGUAGUCCCGAGGGCCUGCGCCGGGCCGACUCCAGCAGGCGGUCAAGGAAUUUCGGCAAGCAGCCGAGCACCGGUGACUACUACAAGCACCUGGGGCACGUCGUGGCCGAGCAGCCAGGCCCCCAGCGAAUGGCGCACACCGAGGAGGCGUCACCCAUCGCGGCGGACACCAUGAGCAAUGGGGAGAGCAAACCUGGUGCCGAGCUGCCCCCUCCGCCCCCGCCCCCACCACUCCCCGACACCGCCUGCCCGACGCCCCCACCGCCGCCCCCGCCCGUCGAGACUCCCGCCGGCCCUCGCCGUUCCUCCUCUUCUACGGGAAGAGGAAAGGCGCUCAGGCAGAUGAAGAGCACCAAGUCCUUCAACAUGAUGUCCCCGACCGGCGACAACUCGGAGCUGCUGGCCGAGAUCAAAGCUGGGAAGAGCCUCAAGCCAACGCCACAGAGCAAAGGCUUCACCACCGUCUUCUCCGGCAGCGGCCAGGGAGGGGCCAACGCAGAGUCGCCAGUGUCCUCCCCGUCACCCACCAGGACGCCCACCCCGCCGGCCACCCCCGAGGCUGCUGGGCCACCACGCUGCCUGGCGGGGGGCUCACCAGAGCCAGUGCUGAACGGAAGCUCACCGGUGCCGGCGGCAGGCGCUGGGGCAGCGGUGGAGGUGGAGGCGCUGGUGCCGAGCCAGGACGAACAGGGUCGGCCCAUCCCCGAGUGGAAGCGGCAGGUGAUGGUUCGCAAGCUGCAGCUCCGCAUGCAGGAGGAAGAGGAGCAGCGGCGCAAGGAGAAAGAAGAAGAGGCGCGCCUAGCCAGCAUGCCAGCCUGGAGGAGGGACAUCCUGCGCAAGAAGCUGGAGGAAGAGAGGGAGCAGAAACGGAAAGAGCAGGAGAAGCUGAAGCGGGAGGAGGAGGAGAAGGAGAAGGAGCAGUCGGAAAAGCUAAGGACUCUCGGGUACGAUGAGACAAAGCUGGCGCCCUGGCAGCGACAGAUCAUCCUCAAGAAGGGGGACAUAGCCAAGCACUAGCCACGCCACACCGCAUCCUGGCUCUUCGCCGCAGGAGGAGGCUGGCAGGUCCUCCCAUGGACCGCGACAUGCUUCGGCACCCUCCUCCUGCCGUGGAUGGCCACACAGCCCAACCCAGAGAAGCCCCCCCCACCACCCCAGGCACCCAUAGCCCCACCCCUGCCCCACAUCCUGCUGCCGCCAGCCCACCCUGUGCUGCCCGUUGCAAAGCGAGCUGCCGUGGCGUGGGACACGCGGUUCCCUGCGCACUGUCCGGCUCGGCCACUGCGGCCGGGCUCGCCGCACGCCCCUUUGGCACCACUCGCCGUUGCAGCGUGCCCGCCCUCGCUCCUGUCCCUCCAGAGCCGCUCAAGGCCAGCUUUCGGCUCACCUCUGCCCAGACCGCCUGCCUUUCCAGCGAUUAAAACGAUA